GUUUCACGAAAUUCGGUUGGCUGGUUCAAGAGUUAUGUGGGUGAGGCUUGUAUUUCUUUUGGAGUGGUAGCUGUCCUUUUCCUCCGGAGCUUGGAAACGUGAUUGCAGCUAGAGUGUUUCAGCCAUGAUGAUGGAUGGAGGUUAUAUGGAGCAGGAGGAGGAGUGGGAACGAGAAGGAUUACUUGAUCCUGCUUGGGAGAAGCAGCAGAGAAAGACAUUCACAGCAUGGUGCAACUCACAUUUACGAAAAGCUGGGACCCAAAUUGAAAAUAUUGAAGAAGAUUUCCGUAAUGGGUUAAAGCUCAUGCUACUUUUGGAGGUGAUAUCCAGUGAAACAUUACCAAAGCCUGACAGGGGAAAGAUGAGGUUUCAUCACAUUGCAAAUGUCAACAAAGCAUUAGAUUUCAUUGCCAGUAAAGGUGUCAAAUUAGUUUCCAUUGGUGCUGAAGAAAUUGUUGAUGGAAAUGUCAAAAUGACUCUUGGGCUUAUAUGGACCAUUAUUCUUAGGUUUGCAAUUCAAGAUAUCUCAGUUGAAGAAAUGACAGCUAAAGAAGGUUUACUUCUAUGGUGCCAAAGAAAAACACAACCAUACAAAAAUGUUAAUGUACAGAAUUUCCAUCUUAGUUGGAAAGAUGGUUUGGCUUUCUGUGCUCUUAUUCACAGGCAUAGACCUGACUUAUUAGAUUACAGUAAAUUGACAAAGGACAACCCUAUUCAUAACUUAAAUCUUGCCUUUGAUGUUGCUGAGAAAUAUUUAAAUAUCCCAAGAAUGUUAGAUCCUGAAGACAUGGUCAACACUCCCAAGCCCGACGAGCGUGCCGUCAUGACUUAUGUUUCUUGUUUCUAUCAUGCUUUCCAGGGGGCACAACAGGCAGAAACUGCUGCUAAUCGUAUUUGCAAAGUAUUAAAAGUCAACCAAGAAAAUGAAAGACUUAUGGAAGAAUAUGAGAGGUUAGCUAGUGAUCUUCUAGAAUGGAUUCGUAGAACAACACCCUGGCUGGAGAACAGAACCACUGACAAUACACUAGUUGGAGUUCAUAAAAAACUAGAUGAAUUUAGAAAUUAUCGCCGUGUUCAUAAGCCACCACGUGUUGAACAGAAAGCUCGUUUAGAAACAAAUUUUAACACUCUUCAAACGAAACUUCGUCUCAGUAACAGGCCUGCAUAUCUCCCUUCAGAAGGAAAAAUGGUUUCUGAUAUCGCCAAUGCUUGGAAAGGUUUAGAAAUGGCAGAAAAAGGAUUUGAAGAAUGGUUACUGUCAGAAAUGAUGAGGUUAGAACGUUUAGAUCAUUUAGCACAAAAGUUCAAGCAUAAAGCUGACAUUCAUGAAGACUGGACUCAUGGCAAAGAAGAAAUGCUUCAAAGUCAAGAUUUUAGAAAUUGCAAGUUGAAUGAGCUUAAGGCUUUAAAGAAGAAGCAUGAAGCUUUUGAGAGUGAUUUAGCUGCUCACCAAGAUAGAGUAGAACAAAUUGCUGCUAUUGCUCAAGAAUUAAACGCUUUGGACUAUCAUGAUGCUGCAUCUGUUAAUGCUAGAUGCCAAAGGAUAUGUGAUCAAUGGGACAGGCUUGGAACACUUACCCAAAAGCGACGAAGUGCUCUUGAGGAAGCUGAGAGAGUUCUUGAAAAAAUUGACACUCUACAUCUUGAAUUUGCCAAACGUGCAGCACCCUUCAAUAACUGGUUGGAUGGCGCAAGAGAAGAUUUGGUUGACAUGUUUAUCGUUCACACGAUGGAAGAAAUUCAGGGUUUGAUCGAUGCUCAUGAGCAAUUCAAGCAGACCUUAGGUGAAGCGGAUAAAGAACACAAGUCAAUCAUUGCAUUAUCUCAAGAAGUACAAACAAUUGCUACUCAGUGCCAGGUUCCUGGAGGAAUUGAAAAUCCAUACACUACAUUAACAGCCAUUGAUAUCACAACAAAAUGGAAUGAUGUCAAGCAGAUGAUACCUAAACGAGAUCAAGUACUUCAAACUGAACUCAUGCGUCAACAAUCUAAUGAAAGGUUACGUCGUAAAUUUGCUGACAAAGCAAAUGCUGUUGGACCUUGGAUUGAAAGGCAAAUGGACUCGGUUGCUGCUAUCGGAAUGGGUAUGCAGGGUAGUCUAGAAGACCAACUUAACAAAUUGAAGCAGUUUGAAACUGGUGUUGUUCAAUACAGACCCCAUAUGGAUGAACUUGAAAAGUGCCAUCAAGAAAUUCAAGAAGCUAUGAUAUUUGAAAAUAGAUAUACACAAUAUACAAUGGAGACUCUACGAGUAGGCUGGGAGCAACUGUUAACUUCAAUCCACCGCAAUAUUAAUGAAGUUGAAAAUCAAAUAUUAACCAGAGACUCUAAAGGCAUUACUGGGGAACAACUGAAUGAAUUCAGGAUGUCUUUCAAUCAUUUUGACAAAAACAGAACUGGUCGGUUAGCACCAGAAGAAUUCAAAUCUUGUCUAGUCAGCUUAGGAUAUAAUAUUCGAAACGAUAGACAGGGUGAAGCUGAUUUCAGACGAAUCAUGAGUGUGGUUGAUCCUAACAACACUGGCUAUGUACAUUUUGACGCAUUCUUGGACUUCAUGACACGAGAAAGCACAGACUCUGACACAGCUGAACAAAUCAUCGACUCCUUUAGAAUCUUGGCCGGAGAUAAGCCGUAUAUCACUGCCGAGGAGCUUCGCAGGGAAUUGCCUCCCGAUCAGGCCGAGUACUGUAUCAACCGAAUGGGACCGUUCAAGGGACCUGGUGCCAUCCCUGGGGCAUUGGACUACAUGUCCUUCUCUACAGCACUAUAUGGCGAAAGUGAUCUCUAAUAACUUCUGAAAAAAAUGGGCUUGUGUAGCUCUAUGCUUUUGAUUCAGCCAACCUUCACAAUCUUAUACUACAAGACAGUUUUAUUUGCUCUUUAUGUGUUGUUUGAAUCAAACUGUGUCAUUUGAUGUUCCUUAUGUUUUGAGUGAUCAAAAUUACACCUUUCAAAAUGCAAAAAAUUUUCAGUUUUAGUUUUUUCUUUAAGUGUUUUAAAAUAAAGUCUAGUGUUUAUAAAAGUUUAUAAAACGAUGUUGUUACUUGUACUGCAGUAAGUAGGAGUAGAAUAGCAUCAACAAGUAGAUUGCAAUAAAAGAUUAAAUUUGUAUAAAAUGAGAAAUUCUCCAAUUUUUUGUUCUUUGAUCAAGAUAGUGUCAUUUGUAAUUGGAUUAUUCAUUUUCUGUUAUUCUUCUAAAUUUCUGCUGUGUUAUAUAUAUAUUGAUGCCAAGUUAAAUUGCUCAGCAUUUCCUGGCAUUUUUUAAAAUUUCUUUCAUUGAAAUUCAUGGAAACUUUAAACUGAGAAUAUUUGCAUAUUGAAAUAUUAUUUAUUUUUAUAUGUGAAAUUAGAGAGAAAUUUAUGUUUAAAUUUAAUUAUAUAUUUAGAAUUUGUUGUAUUGAAUCAUGUAUCAGAUUGUGCAAUGUUGGUGUCUGAUAAUGUGACAAAAAUAGAAUUUUUUCUUUCAAAUUAAUUAUAAAGAUCCCAGUGGUAUCUUUUUGUGAUCCCCCCCCCCCCCCCAAAUCCAAUGGAAUCAACUACUUGGACAUCAUAGCGUACAUUUUUAUCGAAGUGAGAAAUUUUCUUGAUCGUCGUUUUAAAGAGCCACUUGUGCCUUUGAUUUUGGAGCGUCUGUCCGUCCCUUCUUGGCGACAUCUCUUGUCUUCCGGCAGCACGCCCAUUGUGGCUUUUGAACCACCUCGAACGACUUUUUCUAAGAAAUGCAAGAAAUUUUGCUUUCCGCAUUGAAGUGCUUGUUUUAACCCCUGUUUUCGUAGAUGUAGUCAUCCCAGAGGCUGAUUGUAAUGAAGAUUUAUGGGAAAUCAAUUUUACGAACUGUUCUGUGUUUCGAUAUAAUUGUGAGUGUGUCUGCAUGGAACAUCCAAAGAAAGAUCAUCCUGCAAUCAUGCUUUUGUGCUCCUUUGUACUUUUUAAAAGUAUCUUAAUAAAAAAAUCUUUAGCCCUUAAUGUUUGUGCUGUUGUAAUUUAAAAAUGUUAAUGCAAGUUGGUUCAAAAUAAAGAAUUUAUAAAGUCUU